AUCAUGAAAAUUACCAAGGAUGAUCAAGUCUCACAAGAUUCACAAAGACGUAAGGGUGGUCUUAUCACCAUGCCUUUCAUCAUGGGUAUCAUAUCUAUAACUUUGGAUUAUCAUUACUAUUUUCUGAUUGAGUUUUGAGAUUUGUUGUAUGAUAUGGUUUUGUUGGUGCAGCGAAUGAGGCACUUGCAAUGAUGGCUAGUUUGGGACCAAACAUGAUAACAUAUUUGAUGGGAAGUUAUAGACUUCAUCUUGGAACAGCUACUCAGAUUCUUCUCUUAUCUUCUGCUGCCAACAAUUUCACACCUGUUGUUGGUGCUUUUAUUGCAGACUCUUAUUUAGGUCGAUUCCUCGGUGUUGGAUUAGGUUCUGCUCUCAGUUUUCUGGGAAUAACAUUGUUGUGGUUCACAGCCAUGUUCCCACAAGCAAGGCCUCCUGCAUGUAUCCAUCCAACUGGAGACUGUAAAUCAGCAACUAAAGGUCAAAUGGCAGUAUUACUCUCCGCGUUCGGUCUAAUGUCGAUUGGUAACGGUGGUCUUUCAUGUUCUUUAGCAUUUGGUGCAGACCAAGUGAAUAGGAAAGAUAAUCCAAAUAACAAUAGAGUUUUGGAAAUAUUCUUUAGUUGGUAUUAUGCUUUCAUGAUUAUUGGUAUGAUAAUAGGUCUUACAGGAAUUGUAUACAUUCAAGAUCAUCUUGGUUGGAAAAUUGGUUUUGCUGUUCCGGCGGCACUCAUGCUUUUAUCUACUCUUUUAUUCUUUCUUGCUUCUCCUCUUUAUGUUAAGAUUACUAAAAGAACCACUUUGUUCACCGGUUUUGCGCAAGUAACUGUUGCUGCUUAUAAGAACAGAAAAUUUCAACUACCAUCUCAGAACUCACCUGAAUUUUACCAUCACAACAAAGACUCGGAUCUUCUUGUUCCAACCGAUAGACUAAGGUAUGUUACUUCAAGAGGAGGAAAAGAAGGGUGGAUUAAUGAUAAUAUUAACAAGGGUCGUUUUGACAAGUACUAUUGGGUUAUAGUUGGACUUAGUGCUCUUAAUUUAGUUUAUUAUUUGGUAUGCAGUUGGGCUUAUGGACCUAUGGUUGAUACUGAAGAAAAUGGUAGCAAUGAUGUGAAUACACUAAUUGAUGACAAGAGAAGUGAUGCUAGCUAG